AUGUCUAUGGGAGUGGGGGUGGGAGAAUUGAUUAAUAGGAGUGUACAUAUUGGUCAAAUCACAUUAGCUGAUCAAGUUACAAGAUCAGACGAUGAUUUAUGGAUAUCUAUUGUCAACAUCGUCAUAUUAUGUCUGACCAUCCUUGGUUCUGGUAUGAUUUUGGUAUCUAUGUUUUAUCUUGAAGUAUUUCGUGGUAGACCAGGUACAACAAGAACAAGAAUUGUACAAGCUUUGAUCGUUAGCGAUUUCAUUUUAGGGAUCGUCGGUUUGAUCAGUUCAUGUUUGACAGUAACCGGAGAUGGGCAUGCUCUGUCUCAUGGAACUGCAUCUUGUGAUGGAUUAGGAUUCAUGGUGACGACCGUGUUGUGGACCGAACAUGGAUGGACACUUAUAUUAGCUAUCGCGACUUUCAUGAUCUUGAUAUAUCCACUCCAUUGGUUCACGCUAUGGAUGGAACAAAGAUGGUAUUUCCUGUGGGCAUUCGUCUGGCUCGUUUCCAUCGUAAUUGGGAUAAUAGGCUACGAGGUGUAUGGAUAUUAUCCUUCUGGAGGUCUUUGUUUCUACGGUGCAAAUGCUGGAUUAUACUCUGAAUUGAUGCAAUUCAUUCCGAGAUGCGUUGUUUGUAUCGUAAUCACCAUCCUCUAUGCCAAACUAUACGUAUUCCUUCGAAGACCUGAUAAGAUCCGAUUGCCUGGAUCUAAUUCUGUGACUGGACCAUACGAAUCAGUCAGUACAUCUUUCGAUAGAAGUCGAGGAGGAGUGGAAUUCAGGGAUAGAUUUGAAUCAAUAUUCAAGAAGAGGGAGAAAAGGGAUAGCAAAGGUGAAAUCUAUAAGCAAAAUGAUGAUUCAUCUUCAACACCGAUACCGACUCCACCCAUCGUCAUCCCAGAAUCCAAUUUGACUUUGGAACACAUAAAGCAACCCAAUUCUGCUAUCAAUGGUCCUUCACAAAUGAAAGAAAUUCCACCUUGGGAAAGAUUAGAACUACCUCCAUUUCAAGUUGAUGGCGAAAGAUUCGGUGGACCUUCAGUUUCAUCUUCAUCCCAUUCAAAUUUGAAUCGUACAAACUCACUGUGGAGUAAUCUUAGAAAUAUGAGUUUGGGUGGUGGCGGUUCUGGUCCAGGAGCGAACUCACGUAAAAGAUCUUCAGCUACUUCUGCUUCUCCUUCAUUUGCAAAUUCACCUUCUUCAAGAAUGAACUCCAUUUCAACAGCUCAAAGUCAUGAUCCGAAAGAGAAAGAUUUCUCCAAUGGUAAUAGUACCAAUAAUAAAAGAACAACUCCACCUGGUUUAUACGUACCUAGAAUGCCAAGCAUACCUUCAGAGGAUAUAAUAUCUCCUAAUCUACCAACCUACAAUAAUCUGAGGAUGACCAAUAUGGAUUCUUCAAAUCAACAUAGGAGAAUGUCAACGGAUGAGACUGUCCAUUCACAAGUAGGGGAAAAGAAAAGGAAAAAAUCAGUACAAUUACCACCUUCACCUAAAAGUGUUGAUAUCGAAAAAAUGUCACAAUCACCUUCAAUCCCAAAUCAUGAUCAAAUUCAAAAUCAACCUCAAGUCAUAAUCACAAAUGAUGAAUCAGGAUCUAUGAAUAGAAGAUCUUCUCUUUCGAAAACUAAUAAAACACGUCAACACUUCCAACAAACAAUAUCAUUACCUUCACGUACGGGAGGUUCAGAUUGGAUAUCGAAUGGAGUUCAACCUGGAAAAUCCGAACCUUCCACACCUACUCAAUUACAUCAUAAUCCGAAUUUCAAUUUUUCUCCUUUUACAACCCCUGAUCUGAACACCACCAACACCAAUCUCAAUCUUCGAUCGAAUGCAUCCAGUCGUAAAACAUCUAAAAACGCAGAUCAGAUUGAAAGAGGUAUAUCAAGUCAAACACAAACUCAACAAAGUAGAAUCGAAGGUGAAGACGACGUUGAUGACGGUGAAGGUGGUGAAUGGGAUUUAAUGAAAAUGUUAUCACAACCUCCUCCAGGUGAAACAGCAGAUGAUAGAUUCGCACCUGCCUCCGGGGUAAAUACUGGAAACCAUUAUGAAUUAGUUCCCGAGUCAAUGUCAUCUUAUCUAAAUAGAAAAACCGCUUUAUUGAUGUUGUGGUUCCCUCUUGGGUAUCUGUUCUUAUUCUCCGUUUCACUCAUUCGUCUUAUCUACGAUUUUGCCGGUCAACCACCUACAGCUUUACGUGCUAUAUCGAAAUGGAUGGUAUUGGCUCAAGGUGUACUUGACGCUAUCAUAUAUGGAGUGAUAGAAUGGCAUACCAAGAGAGUCGUGCGUAAAAAAGUCAGAAAGGGGACUUUCUCACCUAGACAAGGAAAUACACCUGCUGGAUCAAAAUUGAAUAAUAUGACAGGCACUGCGACUGGAUUUUUCAAAAACAUAUCUUCAAGAGUUUCAGGUGGCGGAGGCGGCAGCGGUGUUGUUGGCGCGGGGAACGGUACGAAUACACCUUCCGGUAUGAGAACACCAGGUGAAAUGGAUAGUAGAAUUGGAUUAUCAUCAAAUCAUAAUUACAAUUAUGGUUAUAAUUAUGGAACUAAUUCUUCUUUCAUGAUUGAAGAAGAAGAUCGUGAGAAUCCAAAUCCAACUCCAAAUCCAAAUGGAGAUGGACUUGAUCGAUCAGAGGACAAUAAGACGGAUUCAACAAAGAACGAUAGUACACCAGGAACAGGUUGGAAUCAUGAUUUCAGUUUAGGUGAUAUCAAAGAAGGUCAAGUAACUCCACCUAUACCUCAUCAAAACCAUACUAAAAAUCAACGAAAUCAGUAUUCACCACCGAUUAUAAUAGAAGAGUCUCAAUCAAAUCAACAUCAACAUCAACAUCAAGAAUCUCCUCUAGGUGGAUUAUUCCCUUCGAGAGAUUCUUGA